UCACUGGCACAUUAAUUUAUAUAUUAUAGGACUUUUGCAGUGUGUUCCAGACAUAAUAUGAAAUCACAUGGUGGUAAAUACACUUGAAAAUGUGUAUUUUACAUGAUAUCAACUCAGAGAAAAAGAAUUAGAAGAUUAAAUUUAGCAGUUCAAAUUGACAGACUUGGUUACCUUCUUUGACCCAGGAUAUAAUUUAAGCCAAGUUAACUUUACCCAGUGAAAAGUAUGAACUCACUGUGCCUGUCAAAGCAUGUUCUUCAAGAAAAGAGAGGGCUACCUUUCCCCUAUUUGAGAGAAGAGAGAGGGAAGGGAAAAGCACAGAGUCUCUUGAGGUAUGUGUGCACGUUUGCUUCUGGCUAAAAGUUAAUGAUCCGUUGCCUCUGUUCUCAGCUCUGAGCCCUGAGAAAAGUGGAAAACUGUUCUCUAUUCAGUAGGCUCCAUGCCCAGCGUGAAGCCCAACGCAGGGCUUCGACUCACAACCCUGAGAUCAAAACCUGAGCUGAAAUCCAGAGUCGGAUGGUUAACCGACUGAGCCACUCAGACACCCCAUAAUCCAGAGUCUGCUCUACCUCUCUCCUUUUGCACUAACUUCACACAUCACUUCAAGGAAGAGUGACUAGACGUAAAAUUCCACAGAUAAUCCAAAAAUACCUGUUCAAGUUGACAUCUAUCAACAGAUUACUUGAAUCUCGAAUAGAGGAACAGAAAUGCCACCACCAGUAGGCCCCCCCCUAUACCCACCUCCCGAUGGAGGCUGGGGCUGGGUAGUGGUUGGAGCAUCUUUUAUCUCCAUUGGAUUUUCAUAUGCAUUCCCCAAAGCUGUCACCGUGUUCUUCAAAGAAAUUCAGCAAAUAUUCAAAACUACCUACAGUGAAAUAGCGUGGAUAUCAUCCAUUAUGCUGGCUGUUAUGUAUGCAGGAGGUCCCAUAAGUAGUGUUCUGGUGAAUAAAUAUGGUAGCCGACCAGUGGUGAUGGUAGGAGGUUUAUUAUGCUGUUUGGGAAUGGUCACAGCCUCUUUUAGUACCAACGUAAUAGAGCUUUACCUCACGAUGGGAUUUAUUUGUGGUUUAGGUCUAGCCUUCAACCUGCAACCAGCCCUAACGAUCAUUGGCAAAUACUUCUAUAAGAAACGACCCAUGGCUAAUGGCCUUGCCAUGGCAGGAAGUCCUGUUUUCUUAAGUACAUUGGCUCCUUUCAAUCAGUACCUUUUUAAUACUUUUGGCUGGAAAGGAAGCUUCUUGAUUUUGGGAGGUAUCCUGUUGAAUGCCUGUGUGGCUGGGUCUCUCAUGAGACCCGUUGAACCCAAACAAGUUACCAAUAAGUCUAAAAAUAAGAUUGGCAUAAGAAUGGAUGAUUCAGGUGUGAAGAAAAGCCAUAAGAAGAAAUCAGCAUGGGAGAAAGUCAAUAUGUAUUUAGAUUUCUCCCUUUUUAAGCAUAGGGGAUUUCUGAUAUACUUAUCUGGAAAUGUCAUUAUGUUUCUAGGGUUUUUUGCCCCCAUUAUAUUCUUGGCUCCAUAUGCUAAGGACAAAGGAAUUGAUGAGUAUUCUGCAGCUUUCUUGCUGUCUAUUAUGGCUUUUGUUGAUAUGUUUGCUAGACCUGCUGGAGGACUCAUUGCAAACUCCAAACUUAUCCGCCCCCGAAUCCAGUACUUCUUCAGUUUUGCAGUCAUGUUCAAUGGAGUGUGCCAUCUCUUGUGCCCAUUGGCAGAGGACUACCCAAGCCUGGUGUUAUAUGCUAUAUUUUUUGGUCUUGGAUUUGGGAGUGUUAGCAGUGUCCUCUUUGAAACUCUCAUGGACCUGGUUGGCCCUCAAAGGUUUUCCAGUGCUGUAGGACUUGUCACAGUGGUGGAGUGUUGCCCCGUUCUUCUUGGUCCUCCUCUUGCUGGGAAAUUGGUGGAUCAAACUGGACAGUAUAAAUACAUGUAUAUAGCCUGUGGGGCUAUUGUGUUCCUAUCGAGUGUGUGGCUGCUGAUCGGCAACGCUAUAAACUACAGAUUGCUUGCAAAGGAAAAGGAGGAAGAAGAAAGGAAGAAGAAACUGCAUACACCUGAGUCCAGAGAGUCUGAGCCCUUGAACAAAUCUAACCAUCAUGAUGUUAACGUCAAAAGUACAAGAACAGAGAAUAAUUCCUCAGAAAGAGAAACUAAUAUUUAACAAGAAUCACAUCUCUGAUUUCAGUGUUUAUGACUUUCUUAGGAGUAUUUUUUUUUUUUUUUUCAAAAUAUUGGGGAAGUUUUUACUUGAAAUGAGGAGUCAUAAUGAAGAACGGAGAUGAGAUUUUCCUCGAUGGCAAAUUUUUAUAAGUUUGUUUUUUAACACUUGUUUGGAUAGUCCAGUUUUGAGAUUAUGCCUAUAAAGAAUCCAUGCAAUGGGUUUAUUUCCAUACAUGAUUCUGGUUGUCAUGGUUAAAAUAAUUUUAAAGUCUUCCAGUCUUGGUUAUAGAGAUCGGAAUUCCAAACCUCUGGUUUAAGUAGUUAGAAGGCGUAUGUUUAAUCCUAUAAGAAUACCCUGUCCAAAUUUCAUUUUUUAGUGUUAAAUAGAAUUGAAGGAAAAUUAAUUUUCUUCUGGUGUGCACAUGCACACACACACACACACUCACCUAUAUGUACACACGUGCAUGGAGUAUCCAGCGAACAAAAGUAAGUUCAAAAAGAAUAUUACCACUUUUUUUAACUUUAAAAAUAAAUCCAUGGAGAAUGAGGAAAUGUGUUAUAUCUGCAUACUACUUUACAGUGUGAAUUUUAAAGAUAAGAACAUGGGUGAAAAUGAGAAUGAUCUUAAUUUGAAAAUGCAACUAACUGUGUAAAAAAAAAUUUGCAUGUAUAAAAUAAAUUUGAAAAAAAAAAACAACCCUCCAUUUUAAACCAUUAAUUCUGCGCACUGUUAGAUUUGAUUAAUCCAUGCACAUGAUUUCUUUGAGGACAGUCAUUAGUACCUGGUGCUAGAGAAUAGAACCCUCAAAUAAUUUUCAGAAUUCUUACUUAAUAUGUAAAUCAAAUUAAAAGCCUAAGUGACUCCUCACAAUGAGCUACGUUCAUUGAUUUUAAAAGGAUUUUUGUUACUAAUCCAGAAAGUAAUAACCAGGGAUUUCUUUUAAUCAGAACUCAGUCUAGACUCACUGUCAUACUGAGACUUCAAGAUGGAAUUUACUGGAAUCGUGGUUGACAGGCUGGCAAAUAAGCCAAAUUCUAAUUUUUCCCAACACAUAACAGUGAUCAGAGGAUUACUGCUAUGAGUGAUCUGAGUAAAGCUGACUAAGAGGGAGAGGUGCUUAUACUGAGCCCUCUCCGUUCUGUCAUUUCUCGCCCCUCCCUAAAAUGCAAAAGCAAAACACAGAAAUCCAAACAGGCCUUUCACCCAGCCACUGAAAUUCCUCACGCUGUGGGGAAUGGCAGCACCUCAAAAUCCCACCCCGUCCUGGUGAGACUUCCUCCUGCCUGGGAACAUAACCGGGAGACUGGAGACUGUUAGAAAAGGUUUCUAGAACUGGAGACUGCACGUAACUCUGUAUACACACUUGGGAAGGGUAGGUAGGCAUAGUUAAUCACACGAUAGCAAGAGGCCUGCAACAUUGCCGGCCAGUUUAAUUUAGCAGUUUCUCAUUUUCAUAACAAUGUUAAAACAUCUGAGAAUCUGAAUCAGCUUUGAAUAUUCAGGCAUGUGAUAGUUACUGUGCACUCAGAACUAUAAAUACCACUUAGAGUAAUACAAUACUUUUAAACAAGAAAGAAUUUGUGCCUUAUGGCUAAAGUUAUAAGUAUUUACAUCAGUAAAUCUGAAGUUUAAAUUAAGAGUAUGAUUAAUAAAAAACAUUUAGUGCUUGAUUAUUGAAGUGAUGUUACUCUUCAGAUGUCAAAAGGAAUUUGCUGUUCAUUUUUUUUAAUUGCAGUGGAGGCAGAUGCUAUCUUAUUUCCUAUAAGAUUGCACCUGGACCCCAAGCUUUUGUAAUAGUUAACAUUAAGGAUUUGAUUUGUAAAAUUUAUGCACUGGUUAAGCAUGUGGCUCAUAUUUAGGAAGCUAUAAGAAGUCCCAUAUUUCAUUUAGCAUUCAUUUUGUUAGCAGAUGAAGAGGAAUUUGUAUUUUUUAAAUAUGAAAUAAAGCAACUUGUGCCAAUACCAUAGGUAAAUAAAUUAGGCAAAAUGUGGCAGUGUAUGGCUGUUUUAAUUUAGUUUUGCCCAGUCUUGAGUCUUGAAUGAGCUACUUUCAUAUUUUUAGUCCUUUUGUAUUCAACUCUGACUCAUCAUAAGAAAUGCAACAUCAUAAGUUGUGUAGUAGCUCUCCAAUCUUAAACAUUUCCAAAAAGUCUUCAAUUCUCUGAGGAUACAUAUUUAAAUUAAUACACAUAUCAGAUCCCAGGGGCAAGUAAACAGCAAAGUAAUGAUAGUGGGGUUUUGGGUCCACGGCUUUAGUCCUUUUUGUCACCUGCUGGUAGAGACAAGCUGGUGGGUGCAUUCCAGUGCCUUCCUCCAUGGAAGGAGGUUUAUUUACUUACUGAUGAGGUUUUCGUCAGUUCUGUUGGUUUUUGGUCAUCUCCAUUAACUUUUUAUUUCUAACACUGUAUAUUACAAUGUCAAAAAAGAAAGGGAAGUAAAACUGCACAUUCAAAGCACAUGAUAUGUAUACAGCCAUGCUUCGCAACAGCUCUACACAAAGUUACAAAUAUGCACACAUAUUAAUUCCUAUAUUAAAUGUUGAAAAUUAAUUUAGAACACACUUGAAACAGCGACAGAGACUCACAUACAGGAUUGAGAAUCGUUCCAGGGUAAAAUAAUUUUCUAGUCAUUCACACUCUCCACUCCCUUGAACCUGUGAGAAUAUUUGUUGCUUUCAGAGAAUCUUUAAAGACCGAGAAGAGAAUAUCAGCUCAGAACAUUCACCUAGUCUAGAGGAAGAGGUAUAGUUGGCCUCUGUGUGUGCAGUCAUCAGUGAUGUCAUGAAGCAAAAUCAGAGUACACCAUUAAAAUUCCUUUUCGUCCCAUUCCCCCACUGGGGGAAUGGUAAAGAAGGGAGGUUAUCAACCAGGGCACUAAAAUAAUUCAUGAUCACUGGCUACUUCAAGUAUUUUUCUGCUUGUGAUAACUAGCAGCUCAUAUUUUUCACAAUUUAACCUUAAAUGUGCCUUCAUUAAUUUAAGAAUACAAUAUUGGCUAUAGACUUGUCCUGACCAAUCCCUACCCUCUUUCCCAAUGCUUUUUUUUUGGGGGGGGGUCCAGUCAACACACAUUUAAGAGGCACUGGGCCAGGCUCUAGUGUACUUCACGUUGGAAGACAUGACGUUUUCUCAGUGUAAAUUCACAUGAGUUUCACUUCUUUAAUAUCAAGUUCCAACAGUCUUAUCUCAUGCCCCACCCCUGGACACUAGAAAAUAAGUAAAAUAAGUUUGACAUAUUUGAAUGUGCAUUUUAAAAAUCUCGAUUUUUUUUUUAUUCCUUUUCUGGCUGCACAUGACAAUUGAGGAUACUGAAAAAAGAUGUAUGAUGUAAAUGUUAAGUUUUUAUAUUGAUAUUAUAAAACGUGGAGAAAUCCUUAAUCAGUUAAUUGAAAAUUAUUUUCCAUCCAAAAGUACCUCUUUUUAAAAAAAAGCCCUCUCAUAUGUGUAACGUUGCACACUUGUAAUAAAACAAAAUUAAAAAUCAUGAUCGUUAGGCUCCAUUUAAUAGGAACUAAUAUUUUGCCUACAUAAUACCUUUUAAUAUCCAAACCAAAUUGUAAGUAGAGGCUAUUGACCUGACAUAACAGAUGAGAGAAACAAAACAAAAUCAGACACACAAAGUUCAGCUAAUUACCCGAGUGAAAGUAGUAAGUGACAGAACCAGAACUAAAACUCAGAUUUAUCUAAAAGCAGAAAGAGCCCCUGGGGUGUUCACUAGCAUGCUGCCUUCAAUAGAAUCUAUAGAAGCAAAGGUAGAUAAAAUAUAGAUACAAAAAAUUUAAACCCUAUACAGUAAACCAAUUAGGUUUAACUGCAAUUUGUAUUCUGAUUUAUUUAGCGUUCAUUAGAGACUUUGCUGUAAACUGAAUAUAUAAUUUCAAGUUGCCUGCUUUUCUAGCCAAUGCAUAUUACCCCAAAUAGUGGUAAUGAUUGUAUAAUAGCCAUAAUUGUUUUAAUACGACUUUCUGCACAAAAAUAAUGACAUAUUUAUAUGACUCAGGGAUAAUAUAUUUUCCCUGAGGUUGGAUUUAGAAGAAAAAUGUUAUUUUCUUUAUGGAUAAGUAAUUCCCAUAUUGGUGGCUACUUAUUAUGACUCAAAAAGUACUUCAUACAAAACAUUAUAUUCAGAAUUAUAGGGAUUCCCAUUUAUAGGAUCAUCCAAGCUACCAAAGAAACUUAAAAAGAUUAUAAGAUAUAAAUGAUUUGGUUCAUCUAUACAGUAUAUAUUUAUUUUCAUCAUUUAAUGCAACUACCCCUACGUUCUAAAUCAUUUUUCAGCCUUCCUUGAACAUCUGUAACUGCCAUCGUCCUCUCUGUCCAUUUGUCUAUAGACAGAACAAGUAUCCUUGCUUUUGUCUUUUCCCUCUAAGACUUUUGACUUCCAUAGAAUAAUGUUCUCCUUAGCAUUAUUUUAGAUGGUGUACUUCUAGUGUCUUACAUCUUUCACAAAAUCACACGUGCUGCAUCUAGUCUUAUUUAGUUGUGAUUUGUAGGAAUGGCUGUCUUCCUGGAAUCAACAGUAUGUACUCUUGGCCAUGACCUCUCAACUUCACAAGUGAAGGAACUCCUGUGACUGGAGGCUUAAGGUAUCCUGGAUAAGGAAGGUGCUCAUAAUCUAGAAGACGUUUUGUUAAUAUGAGUCUUCCUUGUGCAAUGAUAAAUACAUAAAUGAAUGUGAUUUUUAGGAAUCUAGAAAAAUCAAUCUUCCCGUCCUUGGUACUAACUAUCCUGGAUGUUUCUAAUCUUCUUAAAGGGCCUCACGACUUUGAGAAACAAAGCUUACCAGGACAGCACCGCACCAUUACAUAUCCUAUAUGCUCUUUCAAUGCAACGAGAUCCUGGAUACAUCUUACCAAGUAGAUUUCUUACCACAACACUUCAUAGUACCAAGCAGCAUCAAAAUUAUUCAGAUAUAAAUUGAGAUUAGAAUCUUUAUUCAACUCACUUUGAUUUUUAGGUUUUGAUUUUUACACAUCCAUGUGCAUGGUCUCCCUCCACUUAAAAGCUGAGAGGCUCAAUUAUCAGUAAUUAUAAUGCUUAUAUAAUCAAAAUCAGAAACUAUCUUUGUUGAUAAUUAAAACAUGAACAAUUUGCUGAGCUCACAUAAUUUUUUGUAGUUCUCAUUUUCUCUUCUUUGCUAUCAGUUGUUUGUACACUAUUUAAUUUUUAACUCCUACAAGAUCCUGCAAUCUGGUUUAUGUUAGUCUUCCCCCACACUGCCUUUCCUUCGCUUUAUUUCACUUAUGAACAGUUCAUGAAAACAUUGUUAUAGUACUGAGAAUCAUACUUUUAGGUCCCUGUGUUAAGAGGAAAAGUAAUAUUGCAAACAAUUUUUGGUGUUAAUAGAGCAUAUGGCAAUUUUUUAGACUGAAUUAUUUCUCCCAUCCCAAUCCUGAGCUACCUUACCUUCUCACCUUUUUUUCUCAUUUUUUAAAAAUAUUUUCUUUUCAUUGUUUUUCACAAUGUCUAGGCCAGGUUCUUAAGCAUUUUUCAUCAAUUCUGGGCAUUUUUAAUACAAAAUUCUUGUUCCUUUGGUGGGUUUAGUUAUGCUUCCCCUGUGUGCAUGAAUGCCAUGUUUUUCAGUCUCCAUAUGUACUUGUUAAUAGUGUGAGUAACAUUCAGGAGUAUUUCAGUAGGUGAUUAAUUAAUUACUCUUUCAGCAAAUAUUUUUUCUUCAUAUAGCAAAACAAGCUUUUUUUGUUUAUAAUUCAAAUAUGGCAAAAUAAGCUAAAGAAGCUCUGUAUGAAAACACUGCUACUCAAUAUUCUAUCAAGGCAUAAGGUAAAAAGUUCUGUGAUGAACAAAAGAUCGGAAUUCUUAUAUGAAUUUCAGGGUGAAUUUUGAAACAUAUUCCUCUAAGCUUUUUAUUCUGGGUUGGUUGUUACUUUACUUUCACAUGCAUCUAAAAAAGAUUUUGAAGUUAGACCUAGUUUAUAUAGCUUGUGCAUUAGAGUAGAGUACGAAUUUUGGAUAUACUAUUUAAAGGACUUUAUUUUUCUACCACAUGCUUUCUAUUUGUAACUAAAGUAUGAAGAUUUCUGGAUUUAGUGAGAAAAGACAUAUGAAAUAAAGUGUUUAUUUUGGGGGUGCCUGGGUGGCUCAGUUGGUUGAGUGUCCAACUCUUGGUUUCAGCUCAGGUCAUGAUCUCAGGGUCGUGAGAUUGAGCUCCGAGUUGGGCUCCAUGUUCAGCGUGGAGUCUGCUUGAGGUUCUCUCUCCCUCUCCCUCUGCCCCUCCCCCUGCUCGCGCUUUCUCUCUCUCUCUCUCUCAAAUAAAUAAAUCUUUAGAGUGUUUAUUUUCUAAGCAUUAGAUGUAAUUGUAUUUUGAUUUGUAUUGUAUUUUGUUUUGAUAUAUUUAUGUAUCAAAAAUAUAUUUGAUUCAUUUCAUCUUCUCAACCCUCUAAAUUAAGUUUGUUAGAUACGCACAUUUUUACAGAAUAAGACUAGAACAGGUUAAGGGCUUUGCCUAAACAUAUAUCUAUCUUUUGAGUAAAUGCAGGGUAGGAAGUAGAACCCAAGUCUUUUGAUUCCUGACCCACCUUUUUCCCCAUUGCACUGUAUUAGCCAUCCUAUUUUAAUGGUAAUCUUUAUAGAUUGAAUACAUAUUUACCUGGAAACACUUACUCUAGCCUUGCUUGAUAAAUCCUUUAUUUCCAAAAUGAGUGUAUUUCUCCUGAGUCAUAUUUUGCAAAAUCAUGUUUGUAAAUUUAAUUUGAAGGGUAUUUAAUGAUCCCCACAGUAGAUAAUUCUGAGUAAACUGGACAUAAUAAUUGGUGGGAUGAAUGAUUUUGCACUAUAUAUGUUGUUAUAGCAAUAUCUAAGUCAUUAAAAAUACUCGCCAAUAAUGUGUUUAUAGAAUCGUGUGUCAACAUUCCAUUAAUUCCUCCUUUCUUUAUGUUCCUAUUUUAUUUUAGAAGCAUCUUUCACUUGUUUCCUAAAAAUUUAAUUCCAGAGCACAGAACACGUGAUGCAAGUUUGUUAAAUUAUUAAGUUGUAUGCAAGAAAUUAUCAUCAUUGUAUAGCUUUAAGAAGAAUGUUCCAACAAUAUUUCUUGAUCCAAGAAUCUGAGGAUGAGUUAAUAAAAUUAUUAGGAUAAGACCUAUCUCAAAAAUUCUUGCUUUAUUAGAUGGUCAUUCUAUGUAGUUAACAUAAAACCUGACAACAGGUGUCUGGCAAUUGUAGAACUAUAGUUUCUUUAAUCUUUGUGAUACCAUCUUCUUCUGUCCCCAUCUUGAUAGAUUUUUUUUUCAGAUUUUCCGUUUUGAUUCUAUUUCAGAAAAAAAAAAUCACUUCUAAAUAAAAGAUCCCUAGUGAAGGGGAGAAUGGUUGUUAUUAGGAAUUUGCUCUGUAAAAGUGUAAAAACAAUCUGUACUCGGUAUUUGUUUGCUUAAUUCAUCAAGGAUAUUCACCCUAAGAACAUACUUUAAUAAAAGUUUUGAUAAACUGA